CAGCAGCAAGCGUGCUGAAGAACAAGUUUAUUUCCGGCUAAACAGAAUCAGCUGUUUUCUCCAGCAGGUUGAAACCAUAUCAACGGCUUUUGUAACUCAGCCAUUCAAAAAUGUUUAGUAACUUUUAGACUUUUUUGUGACCUGUAGUCUGGUUUUUCCUGGAGGUGGUUCAGAGACGUCUUGUAGGAAACGUAAAGCCACUUCCAGCAGCUUCUUCCCCGGCACUAACAUCAGCAUGUCCCCGGUGCCCAAAGUGAGACUGGCCGGUGGCCUGGAGAUCUGCCGGCUGCUGAACGGGAUGUGGCAGGUGUCCGGGUCGCACGGAGCGGUAGAUCAUGCCAAAGCAGUUGAGGCCAUGCAGGUCUAUGUAGACGCUGGUCUGACCACAUUUGACAUGGCAGACAUUUAUGGGCCUGCAGAGGAGAUAUUUGGACAGUUCAACAGCCAGAAGUGCAAAUCGUCUGGGAAAGACAUCCCAGCUCUGCAGAGUCUGACCAAAUACGUGCCAAGACCAGGACCAAUGGACCGCAAGGUAAUCCUUAGAAUAGUUUUAUCCACUAGAGAGCGCAGACUGCAGGGACUUAUACGAGAGCUCACCCUUACUAACUUUGACACACAGAGACUGGAGGAGAUCACCAACAGAGGCAUCCGCAUCUCAAGCAACCAGGUUCAGUACUCUUUGAUUGACCAGCGACCUGUAGCCAAGAUGGAGCAGUUCUGUCUGGCUAACAACAUUCAGCUCCUCACUUAUGGCACUCUGGCUGGCGGUCUACUCUCAGAGCGUUAUCUGGGGAAGGCAGAGCCUAAUUCCAGGGCGGAGCUCUACACCGCCUCCCUCUCGAAGUACAAGAACAUGAUCGACUCUUGGGGUGGCUGGAGCCUUUUCCAGGACCUUCUUGUCGCUUUGGAGACGGCUGCCAGGAGACACGACUGCUCAGUGGCCAGCGUGGCAACACGUUAUGUGCUGGAUCGCCCCGCGGUGGGUGGGGUCAUUGUGGGCUGUCGGCUAGGCGUCGCAGGGGCGGGGCAACACAUCAGUGACAGUCUGCGUAGCUGCAGUCCUGACCUGAAACUGACGGGGGAAGAUCUUGCCGCCAUCGAAGCAGUGACACAACGCUCCAGGGACCUCACGGCGCUCAUCGGGGACUGCGGCGAUGAGUACAGGAGCUAAAGGGGAAGGGUGAGGCUGACUGACUGGGUGUGACAGAUGGGGUGAGGAGGAGGAGGGGUAAAGUGAGAGAGAAGCAUCUCACACAGAACAGCCCCAUAGUGGAAAAGAAUAAAAUGCGACGAUGAAAAUGAAAAUCGGUUCAAUUCUCCAUUAAACAUUAUAAAGAGCUUUCAGUAACUAAGGGGAAUUGCAAGUUUCAACUUGCCUGUUCCUUUUACUUUAAUACAACCUCUGAAGAUGAUGUUCCUCAGACGAAGUGUAGUUAUUUUACCUACUGAAUAUUUGAUGCUGUUAAACAGGUUGAACACUUUUUCUUCCACAGCGUGUGUUUACACUGCUUAAGUGCUUUUUCAUGUGGGAGACAAGCUUCUCAUUCAGGCUUGAAUACACAUGCACAAACACACAGUAAUGUUUACGUUUUAAUUUAGAUGUCUAGUAAGUCUUUUAGUUACAGAAUUAAGAGAAAGUUCAGUGUCCAAACUAUAAAUUUGAGCUUUUACACUAUUUAACAAUGUUAAAUUCUAUAUUGUGUACAUAAUAAAAAAUGGUGAUUAAUUAAUGGAAUUCUGUGCUUUUUUUCUACUUGGAGUUUAUUUUAAAGUUCAAGUUGAAUCCAAAUUAACCUUAAAGGAGUGUGUUGUUAAGGCAAAUAAACAGUUUGUCACCACG